AUGAAGAUAUGGAAGGAUUAUUUUAAUGUUAUUCAAUCUGAUUCAAAAUGUAUUUUGUUUUGGAAUAAUUAUCUCAAGACUAACAACCUCACUGUUGACAAUAACCACUUUCUGAAUGCUUACAUGUCCUCUUAUAAAAUUGGUCUUGUUGAAGGUGAUCGCAAAGGUUCAAAUAAGCUGAUCAACCACUGUAAGUAA